AUGAAAGAGCAAGAUGCCCAGCAGCAACAAUCCCUGCCACCGCAGCAGAAGCAGCAGCAGCAGCAGCACAAAGAGCAGGAUAUACUCAGCCAGCUGCAAGAGAUGCAUGGCGCUCAUCCCGGAACAUUCCAAGCUACUAUCAAUGCCGAGCAACCUGCCGAUGUGCUUCGGAACAUCGACACAGAUAUUGAGCUCGAAAAGCUCAAUAUUCCGGAUUUGGGGGCUGUUGGCAGGGCAUUCGAGAAUGGGAAAGAGCCCUUCAUUGAAGAGCACUACGGGAUCGAGGAGUCCGUACUUGCCUACGCUCCCCGGUACAACGCCGUCAUCCGGCAAUUUCAUUACCCCUUUUACCUCGACUCAACCAUCGCCCGGCACGACCUCUUCCUUUUGUACACUAUAUAA